AUGCUGAAGCUUCAGCUGCAGAAAAGCAGAAGCUUUUCCUCAACGGAUACCAUUCGCAGCAAUAUCUCUCUCAGUAUGGUGGCACAGCGUGGUGUCGUGUUGUCGCCGGUAGCCCUGGUCACCCUGUCCCUGGUAUCGCUGGGCAGUGCACGGGCGCUCUCGGGGUGCCCGCCCGUGGACUACAAGGACUCCAACGCCACUUAUAUCGCCAACCCGCUCGACUGCUCCUCUUACUUCGUGUGCCAACAGGGACUUCCCGUGCUUAUGCCGUGCCCGGCUGGCCUGCUAUUCAACGACGCUCUCAACGUUUGCGACUACGCUAACAAUGUAAGCUGCGUGCCGCUCUACCCAACAUUACCCACAAAGGCUGCAACACCAGCCGAACCCACCACUAAAAAGAUUGUGGUUGAGGAGAAGGUAGUCAACGAGAAGGUAGUCAAGCAGAAGGUCCCGCCAGCGGCCGAAGGCGAUGCCCCCGUUACCAGCAAGAGCGAUGCUACCAAAGUUGAAGAAGAAGCGCCCCCCUCUGUUGAUGCUGGGACCUUCACGCAGGCAGCCGUCGUGGGCACCGAAGUCAACGACGACGUGAACUUGGUCGGGAAGCCCGUUGAAGGCACCGUGGCCGCGGAACCUGAGCAGAGGGAUGCGGGCAACGUGGCUGGCGGAAAGGACGAUGUCAACGAGGCCGUGUUGUGAACCUAUCGGAGGAACUUCAGAGACUUUGCCUCUUGGUGGAAACAUGCGUGGGACUCGGGAGGAAGAAUUCGUUGGAAUAAUCAAUUCUGCAGACUCAUUCAUUCAGGACUGGAAUCGAU